UACCAUGCGUGAGCUACGCUAUGGGAGCCUACGUUCUGCAGCAAUACCCUCUCAGGAAGCGGCUUGGAAUUUCUAAACGGACUGCGUUGCUAAGAGGAUUAAAGCUAGACUGUGGUUGGACAGACACAUUGUCCACAUCCAAUCGUAUCGAGCGUUGCAGGAGUGUGGGUGUUUGGGAGAAAGCGUCCAGUUACCGGGUAGUUAAACGGAAGAGAAGUGUAAUUGAUGAUUGAUGCACGGAAUUACCUUUCUGCAUUUUCCACUAAACAGAGGAAUCUAAAGACUUUUUUUGCGCUGUUGUUUUGAAGCUGAGCACACAAUAUGACAUCAUUUCCAAAGAUGGCAUUCAGCUUUAGAAGGAAAGAUGCAGUGGCAUUUAAGCACAUAGCUCAUGGCUUGAUCCCUGCUGCCACCAUUGCUCCCAGGUCUGCUGUCCCCCGCACCCCUCCCCCCCGUAGCCCAAACCCCUCUCCAGAAAGACCCAGGUCUGCCUUAGCAGCUGCCAUUUUAGCCUCAACACUAACUGGUCGUACAGUGGCAAUCCCCCAACCUCGACAGAGGUCCCUCUCGGAGACAGACGUCUCUUAUUCAGAGAACAGGAGCAGCAUAGAGCCAUACGCCAGUACUGCUGAGAUUGAAAGGGAGAGGUGGAAUGACGCCGUCAAUGGCAGGCUCCGCAUGCCUUCCCCAAGGUUCUCUGAUGAUGAGGAUGAUGACUAUGAGGAUGUAGAGAAGGAGGUGCUAUCGGAGCCAGAAGGCCAUAUCUAUAACACUAUUGCAAAGGAGGAUGAGAGUCAGAUUGAGCCUGUUUAUGCCAAACCAUGCAAAAAGGGAAGAAUGCCCGUGUCAGAGGGCACUGAUGAGACUGACAGCUCUGCAUAUCGUGUGGCUUCUCCGACUUUACCACACCAACUACGAACUGAGCAAAUGCAAGAAAAGAACAUCGUUCAAGAGAAUUUACUUCAAAAGGCUGAAAUUUCAAAGGUGGAAGAAACAGCCCAAAGGCCAUCUCCAACACCAGACCUGACAGAUGACUUGAGCCUUGAAACUCCAAGAACCAAUUCAAACUUGCCUAAGAAGAGAACUUUAUCAAAAAAGAUCUUCAUAAAGGACAGCAAAUCAGAUUUGACAGAUGAUGCAUACAAAGAACUUCUGGAAAUGAAUAAGGAGAUAUUACAAGAGAUGAAAGAAAGAAACCACGCUCUGGGCUCUGAAAAUAAGGCCUUAGUCCAGAAGCUUCAGGAGCAGGGCCAUCGACUGCAGAAGACACAGCUGAGGCUAGACCAAUCGCAACAGGAAUACAGAAGGCUGAAGGAAGCAGAUGAGAGUCUAUCCAGGGAAGAUCACCAGGCAGAACUGCACUCCAUCAGACAGCAGGCCCAGGAGUUGGUUGAUGAAAAUGAUGCCAUGAAAAUGACUAUCCAUCGCCUGAACGUGGAACUGAGUCGCUACCAGACACAAUUCAGACCGCUGUCUAAAGAGGAGUUUUCGAAGAUCAAUGCCCUACCAAUGAAAGGACCACCUCCACCAUGGCUGCUGGACAUGAAAUAUUUAUCUCCUUUGCUCCUGGCAUAUGAAGACAGACUUAGAGAAAAGGAUUCUGCACUGCAUGCUUAUGAGGAGGAGAUGAAGAGUUUUUCUUCUCGAGUGAAGGCGGUGGUGAGGGAGAAUGAGGAGCUUCGUCUACAGCUUGAGAAGACUGGUGCUGUCAGCAACAAAGAGUGGCGUCAAUUAAGAGACCAGGCCAGGCUUGUCCUGGAAGAAAACCAAGUGCUGAUGGAACAGCUGGAGGUACAGCAGGCCAAGGCCAAGGACAGUCACAAUCAGCAUCUUCACGAAGUGUCUAAGUUGACCAAACAGCUCAUGCUCCUGGAAGCUGAGAAAGAAACCCAACAGGAAGAGCUGGUAGAAUGCAGCAAGCAGCUGGAGGAGUUGCGCUCCAAAUACAAGUACGCCAAAGUCAACCUUGAGAACAAAGUGGAGCUGGAUGAACACGUCUCCACUAUGAAUGAACUGAAAAGGCAGCUGCAGCAGGAAGAGCAGAAGAGACAUGCGGAAGUAGAGGAUCUAAUGGGGAGGAUAGCAUCCCUUCAAACUGAGAAGAAAACACUGCUCUUAGAGAAAACAAACCUCAUGGCAGACAACAAGAGCAUUGAGACUGAGCUGGAAAUAUCACGGAAUGCCAACAGAAAGUCUCAGCGGAAGAUCGGCCUCCUGAAACAGCAGCUUGAGGAAGCGCUGGAUAAAGAAGUUGCUGCUCAUCAGUACCUUGCAAACCUGAUCAGCCUGGCUGAGAAAACAACACAGGAGAGAGAUCAGCUCAUAUAUAUGGCCAAAAACCUUGAAACCGACAAGCAAGACGUGUUCAACAAGAUUAUAGAAGGGACCGUCCGAAUGGGCAAACUAGAAGAGAAAGUCAAGGUGUACAAAAAGAAAGCAGCAGCCAAGCUGGGAGACAUGGGGCACAGACUGCUGGAGCAGGAGAAGGGCUUUGCUGGGAAGACAGACUCCUACCAGAGAGAAAUCAAGCACCUCCAGAGGCUGUUGCGAGACAAGCAGGAAUCGCUUGACGAAGUGCUGCAGCAGAAAAGGGAAGUGGAAGGUGAACUGGAGAUUGUUUGGCAGUCAGCUACCAGAGAAAACAAAAGAAUGAAAGACACCCUUUUUGAUUCCUUCUGCCAGAGCAAUGCCCUCAACCUAGAGGAAGCCUCAGGCUUUAGAGCAAGGAGCCUGCGCUCAGCCCACGGGAAGCAGAACAUGGGCGCUGCCUAUCCCCUGGAGCUGCUGGAAGUGAACAGCGCCUUUGCUGUCUCGACUCCAAUACGCAGCAAGCCCAAGCAAGGAAUGCAGAAAAGCCCCAUGUUUGAGUCAGAUUCCGACCAGCAACAAAUCCCAUCAUCUGAUGAAAGCGAGAAGAAUGGGCUGGAGUUUUAUUCAUGAAACGGGGAAUCCUUUUUCUGAAAAGAUUGGCAGUAUGAUUCACGUUCUUACGCACAAAAAAGAAACCAAAAAUCUAUCUAAAAUUUCUCUCUCUCUCUCUCUCUCUCUCUCUCUCUCUCUCUCUCUCUCUCUAUAUAUAUAUAUAUAUAUAUAUAUAUAUAUAUAUAUAUAUAUAUAUAAUUUAUUUUUUACCAGAAACACAUUGACAUCAUACAGCAAGUUGUGUCACGUCGCUGUGGAUGCACAAGCCUUAUAUUAUGGAAAUCACAGUCUGCAACAGAACAUUUUAGGAAGGCUUGGCCACUGUUUGUCCCAUAAACCCUGUCAUUAACUGUUCAAAGGGACAUAAUCACCAGGCAGUGUUGAAACAGCUCAGGCAUUUUGAAAAGUAAGACACACUGAUUCGGUCAUCAGCCAGAAUAUCUGUCUAUCAGAGAAACAAUGAAAAAAAAAAUACAGCACCCACGUUCUGUCCCUUUUCUGUGACGUUAUUCAGUCAAACCAAGCAGUAUUUGUGUGUUUUAAAUUAAAGACUUUUAGAAUUUCCAGUGCUGCACUAUUCAGGGUAAGGUGGAAGGAAGGAAGUGAAUGGGGAGAGCAAACUACAUGCAUCCAUCAUGCUUAUAGUAUUAAAAUCUGGAAAGCAAUAUUAAGUUUGACACCAAUACAAUGAGGGAUUUGUGAGAAUUUAGUUGUGUUAAUAGAGGGAGCGGUAUGCAUUGCAACUAUUAUUAUUAACACUUUUUUUUAUUUUUUAAAUACUGUAAACUUUAAGGCCACCUCAGUAAAAAGGCCACUUUAAGGAUAUUUUUAUCAGUCGGAAUUUACUCCUUUUGACAGCAAUGUAAAGUUACCUUAAAUAUGAAGGCCACCCCUGUAUUCAGUAUUUUUCUUCUGUUAAAUAACCUCCCUAAUAAGACUGACUUGCUGUAAACUACCAACUGUAUUUACAAAGAACCUUUUUAAAACCAACUGAAAACAUGGAUGCAUCGUGCUAUAAUUCAAACCUUUAAAGAACCAAAAGACUAUCUGUUUAUUAAGGUCAGGUACCUUCACUGGCCGUAAUAUCGAGGAUUCACUGUGUACAGCAAUUAUACUCUGAUUAACUAACUGUUUAUCCCUUUACUAAAAAUAAAAAAUAAAAUAUAUACUACAAUGGUA